GUUUUCAAACACACUGUAAACAUGGCGUUGGCCGGUAUUCUUGGUCUGAAUUCUCGCGAUAAUUUCGUCCACAGGAAAGAACCUGAGGCCCCCUUGGACAUCCAAGGACUCAGCUUGAACCUUGUGGAUAAUUUGCAGUUGGCUCUGCCUCCAUUUUCCAACCCUGCAGAAAAUUUGUCCCAUUUUGGCACAGAUGAACAUGGAAAGAGCAUUAAAAUUCACUUCGAACACGGAACAACCACCUUGGGCUUCAAGUACCAGGGAGGUGUGGUUUUGGCUGUGGACUCCAGGGCCACCGGAGGCAACUUCAUCGGUUCCCAGAGCAUGAAAAAGAUCGUUGAGAUCAACGACUACCUUCUGGGUACCCUGGCCGGCGGUGCUGCUGACUGUGUUUACUGGGACAGAGUUUUGGCCAAGCAGUGUCGUCUCUACGAACUGCGCAACGGCGAGCGUAUUUCCGUGGCUGCUGCCUCCAAACUGAUGUCCAACAUGGUUUACAACUACAAGGGCAUGGGCUUGUCUAUGGGAAUGAUGAUCUGUGGCUGGGACAAGAAGGGGCCAGGUCUUUACUACGUCGACUCUGAGGGAACCAGGACCGAGGGAAAAGUUUUCUCGGUCGGCUCGGGAUCCGUUUAUGCCUUUGGUGUGCUCGACAGCGGCUACCGCUGGGAUUUGAGCAACGAGGAAGCGUAUGAACUAGGAAGACGCUCCAUCUACCAUGCCACCCACAGGGAUGCCAUGAGCGGUGGCAUUGUCAGAGUUUAUCAUAUGACCGAGCAAGGCUGGAGGCACAUUUCCGAUGAGGACUGUAAGGACCUGCAUUACAAGUAUGCUGAAGAGAGGAAGCAGUAAUUUUCCAAUUCUAUUUCACUGUGUUAAGGUAUCAAUUUUUGAAUAAAUAAAAGAAGCUUGAUCCGUAA